AACGUGCAUAUAAAACAGAAGUAAAAAGCCCAAAGGAAGUGAGGAAACCAUCUGUUAGAGGAUGUGUGCGUGUCGGAGAGCGUUUGCGUGUGGGCGUAGCCCUUCAUAGCACAGGCUGGGCUCCGACACAGGAGAAGCCUUACUCUUUAGUUCUUUCGGUAAAGUCACGUAGGUAUGAAAUAAAAUAAAUUACGACGUUUCGGGCGCAACACAAGCGUCCAUCAUCAGGUGGGAAAGCAUGGUCUGCUGCUGAGGCAGACUGUUUUAAAAAAGGAGAAGCCUUUCAAGCAACAGCCCCACACGUCCAGGAUGCUGCUGCAGGUGAUCUUCUGUGCUGUGGCUUUUGAUCUCACAUGGGCAAAAGAAGAAAACUACACUGGUGCCAUUCUUUCUUCUAACUGGGCUUUACAUAAGAAUGCAGAACACUCAAGCACAUGGAUAGGAGACGACAACUAUCCACAUGUGAAAUGGCAAGCAAACAAAUCUGUGGAUGGGGUUGCAGUUCAGGAUUUUCCUUAUUGCUCUCACACGAAUCCAAACAAUAACACUCAGCACUGGUGGAGAGUUGACCUUGUGAACAUUGUCAAGGUCGACUGGGUGAACAUUACCAACCGCAUAUUACCAUUGGGAAAACGCCUGAAGACGUUCAGGAUCAUUCCUAAAAAUGACACCGAUUCACAAAACGUGACGUGUGGAGAACACAACUUUGACUCCGAGAAACACAAGUGGAUGAUGUUUCAUUGUGGAGAAUAUGCUCGCUAUCUAGAGAUUCAAGUCGUAGAGUGGAACCAGGUCUAUAAUAUGGAUCAAUGUAGUCUGACGCUGUGUGAAGUUGAAAUAUAUUCAGAGCUCAUCUCCCCCCCUGAGAUCAGCAUGGAGCCGGCUGGUCCGCAUGUGGCCUCGGGGACGCCCGUGCAGCUGCGGUGUCGCUCGCUCAACGGCUCGGCACCGCUAGGGUACUCGCUCCUCCGGGACGGGCUCCCCGUGGCCACCGCCUGGGCGAGCGAGCCUGGCCCGGCCCGGUUUCACCUCACGGUGAGCGGCGAGACGGCCGGCGAGUACCGCUGCCAGGUGCGCGGAGAGAAGCACGCGCAGCAAGUCAACGGGACGAACUCCCUGACCCUGGCCGUCGCCUCUGAUAAACUGAAAGUCUUUGUUAUUAUGGCCGGAAUGACUGCAUUUUUGAUCAUCAUAUUCGUCAUCAUAUGCUGCUACGUACGACAUCCCAAAGGGGAAGCAAAGGUGCCUUGCAAUCAGCAAAUUAUUGUUGAGGGAUGGUGUGAAGACAACCAACGCAAUCCCAAUUCCUCUGCAGAUGAGGUGGAGUCUGAAGUCAACUACGCUCAAGUUCAAUUUACGAGAACACCAAAAAAUGCUGAAGAUGGCCCAAAGGUGAAUUUGAACACGGAUGAAAUAAUGUAUGCAGCGCUGGACUUCAAAACCACAUCUUAGUUAUCGACGCUCUUCUAAUCACUCUGGUUUUAGUCAUAGUGAAGGAGGCACCUUCCCAAAUAAGCAACAUUUACGUUUAAGAGGCAAAAUUCAUGGAUUCCUCUUCACAAGAGACAUCUUUCUCUGAUAAGUCCUGAUUUUCAACUCUACUUACUACUGUAUAGGUUUUUUUUAGCAGUUGUGCUGCAUAGCUCAGGAACUGAAGGUACCAGCACGUUGAGCAAAAUAUCGGAAAUCAUGCCAACAACAACCCCUCAUAUCUGCAUCUUCUUACACAAUCCGCUCUUUUCCACACUAAAUUUAAAUUAAGAAUACAGCAGUAGUUCAGUGUAGUGCGCUGAACCUCGUAACUACAUUGGCAUCAUAAGUGACUUUAGGUGGCAAGGGCAGGACAAUUCAAUUAUUGUUAUCAUUAACCAUUGUCAUCUCGCCAAAUAAUUAUCUUCAUGUAGAUAUGAGGGGUGGUCUAUUCACUGCUGGAUUAAGUCCACCGCACACUGUCGCCAUGCCUUGCGUGCUCUGAUGCCGCAAUCUAUCUCACUCGUGCAAAUAAACUAAUCUCAUCACUUCUAGAUUUAAAGCUUUCGUGACUGCAAGGAUCCAUACUCUCUGGUUCUAUUCGGUAAAGUCACGUAAAAAACAACAAAAAAUAAAAAAAUCACGACGUUUCGGCC